AUGAAAACGGAAACGUGGAAACUAACCUCCCUCUUUCCUAGUCUCCACGCAUCUGUCUCUGAUUCUGUUCCCCUUCUUUCUCCGGCGACGGCCAACCAUCGUGAACCGCACAGAGAGAGAGAUGGGUGUGGAUUACUACAACAUGCUGAAGGUAAAUCACAACGCGACGGAGGAUGAUCUAAAGAAAGCUUACAAGCGUCUCGCCAUGAUCUGGCAUCCCGACAAGAACCCUUCCACAAGGCGAGACGAAGCGGAGGCCAAAUUCAAACGGAUCUCCGAGGCCUACGACGUCCUCUCCGACCCUCAGAAGCGCCAGAUCUACGAUCUUUACGGCGAGGAAGGCCUCAAAUUAGGCAAAAUCCCAGAUUCCAACGCGUCGGAGGCUUCCUCUUCUUACUCCUCGAGGACGCCGCACUUCUACCACCAGCACAGGCAGCAUCCCCCUAACGCCGCCUCGUUCCGUUUCAACCCUAGAGACGCUGAUGACAUCUACGCCGAGAUCUUUGGACCUGAAGGCGGCGGAGGAGGAGGACACAGAACGUUUAGGGAUGGGCGUUUCAGGAACGGUCAUUUCAACGCCGGUGGUCAUACCAGUGAGCUGAGGAAAGCUCCAGCCGUGGAGAAUCCAUUGCCUUGUACUUUGGAGGAUCUCUACAAAGGUGUGAAGAAGAAGAUGCGGUUAUCUAGAAAUGUCUACGAUGCUUCUGGUAAAAUGAGGGUGGUUGAUGAGAUAUUGCCCAUAGAGAUAAAACCCGGGUGGAAGAAAGGCACAAAGCUCACUUUCCCUAAGAAAGGCAAUGAAGAGCCUGGAAUCAUACCUGCUGAUAUCAUCUUCGUGGUUGAGGAGAAGCCACAUCCUGUUUACAAGAGAGACGGAAACGACCUUUUGGUCAGUAAGGAGAUCACUCUGCUUGAAGCACUGACCGGUAAGACCCUUGAUCUGAUCACGCUUGAUGGAAGGAAUCUCAUGAUCCCACUAACCGAUAUCAUCAACCCCGAUCACGAGGUUGUUGUUCCGAACGAAGGGAUGCCAAUCUCUAAAGAACCUGGAAAGAAAGGUAACCUGAGGUUGAAGCUUAACGUGAGAUAUCCGUCGAAGCUGACAGCAGAACAUAAAUCCGAGCUGAAGAGAGUUCUUGGUGGGGUCUCAUGAUGAUGAUGAAAUGUAGAUAGCAAAAGUAGAGGAGGUGAUAGAUUGUGAAUGGUAGGAUGGUUGGAUUCUUCUAAGGGGGCUUGGAUUUGAAAGCCGAAGAACAGAUUCAAGCUUUGCUUUUGGAAUUAGACAUUUUUUUCCCUUUUUCUAAAUUCUAUUUAUUUGAUUUGGUUGGAGGCCUUUUAAUAUGCAAAUAUUGGAGAAUGCUUUGUUAUCUAUUUAUCUUACUAAUAAAAUUCAAAUGUUCCCCCGCUA